AUGUUAUCAAUCGACGAGGUAGCAACGCAUAAUUCUAGGAACUCAUGCUGGAUCAUUGUUUCUGGCCACGUUUAUGACGUGACGGACUUCUUGGAUGAGCACCCAGGGGGAGCUGGUGUGAUUCUGCGCUAUGCAGGGAAGGUAUGUGUGUUGAACGAAGAGAUGACAGCUUGUUGA